AGGUGACUGAAAAUAAUACAUCGAAAUUAAAUUUUGAUGCUUGGAUUAAGUAUAGCAUCCGUUGAGGUGUGGGGCUACUCAUUCCCUGAUCGAAAGCAUCUAAGAAUGAGGGGUUGGGUACAUCCGAGGUUUAAGCACUCGAAGGGACCUGACGAUAUUUCCCAAAAUGUUGUUGGACAUCGAUGAGUGUGUUGGCAUAAAUGGAUGUCGGCUGAGACUGAAAGCCUUGUGGGAUCCAUGUUGUUAAUGAGUAAUGGGAACGUAUGAUGGAUUAUAUGAAUAUGGAUGAUAGAUCGAUUGGGAUGUUUUGGGUUGUGUCUUACACUAUGGCACAGGCUGCUUGCGAAACAGUGAUGAAUUGGUUGACCUCUGCUGGAGUUGCAGAGCUAUUACCUGGAACAAAUCCACAGUCGAACGAGAGAUUAACGGUGAUGCGGGAAGUUAGCCCGUUGCCCAUAUCAUUGAUAUCAGGUUUCUCAAUCAACUUGUGCUUGAAGCUGGUUGUUCAGAUGGAAGAAUCUAUGCUUUCUGGACAGGUUGUGCCUAACAUUGCAAUGGUUGAAACAUAUGCUCGAUUGCUGCUCAUUGCACCUCAUUCAGUGUUUCGUUCAACCUUGAGCGCAGCUCUGACACAAAGGAAUCAGAACACUUUGAACAAGCCUGGAGCAUCUCUUUUGGUGCUUGAAAUUCUGAACUACCGUUUGCUUGCACUUUACCGGUACCAAGGAAAGAGCAAACACUUGAUGUAUGAGGUCACAAAAAUGUUAUCCAUUCUAAAAGCGAAACGUGGAGAUCAUCGCAUUUUUCGAUUGGCUGAAAAUUUGUGCAUGAAUCUAAUUUUGUCAUUGAGAGAUUUUUUUGUUGUGAAGAAGGAGGGGAAGGGUCCAACUGAGUUUACAGAAACUUUAAAUCGGAUAACCAUAACUACUCUUGCCAUCAUUAUCAAGACACGUGGAAUUGCAGAGGCUGAUCAUUUGCACUAUCUGCAGACAAUGUUGGAACAGAUACUAGCAACUAGUCAGCACAGUUGGUCAGAGAAAACUCUCCGCUACUUCCCUGCUAUCCUACGUGAUGCCUUGAUUGGACGAAUAGAUAAAAGGGGCCUGGCAAUCAAAGCAUGGCAACAGGCUCUGACACAAAGGAAUCAGAACACUUUGAACAAGCCUGGAGCAUCUCUUUUGGUGCUUGAAAUUCUGAACUACCGUUUGCUUGCACUUUACCGGUACCAAGGAAAGAGCAAACACUUGAUGUAUGAGGUCACAAAAAUGUUAUCCAUUCUAAAAGCGAAACGUGGAGAUCAUCGCAUUUUUCGAUUGGCUGAAAAUUUGUGCAUGAAUCUAAUUUUGUCAUUGAGAGAUUUUUUUGUUGUGAAGAAGGAGGGGAAGGGUCCAACUGAGUUUACAGAAACUUUAAAUCGGAUAACCAUAACUACUCUUGCCAUCAUUAUCAAGACACGUGGAAUUGCAGAGGCUGAUCAUUUGCACUAUCUGCAGACAAUGUUGGAACAGAUACUAGCAACUAGUCAGCACAGUUGGUCAGAGAAAACUCUCCGCUACUUCCCUGCUAUCCUACGUGAUGCCUUGAUUGGACGAAUAGAUAAAAGGGGCCUGGCAAUCAAAGCAUGGCAACAGGUACAUCAUAUGACUUACAGUUUGCAUUAA